AUGUAUCUGAUCACUGUAUUUGGAAAUCUGCUCAUCAUCCUGGCCGUCAGCACGGACCCCAACCUCCACACCCCCAUGUACUUCUUCCUUGCCAACCUGUCCUUUGUAGACAUCUGUUUCACUUCCACCACUGUCCCCAAGAUGCUGGUGAAUAUACAGACACAGAGCAAAGUUAUAACCUAUGCAGGCUGCAUCACACAGAUUUAUUUCUUUAUACUCUUUGCUGUCUCAGACUUCUUUAUGCUGAGUGUGAUGGCCUAUGACCGGUUUGUGGCCAUCUGUCACCCCCUGUACUACACGGUCAUCAUGAAUCCCCGGCUCUGUGGACUUCUGGUUCUGGUGUCCUGGAUCACGUUUGUCUCCUUAUUUUACUGUACAAUCCUAGGAGUGUACCUUAGCUCUGCUGCUCCCCAGAGCUCCCACUCAAGUGCAGUGGCCUCGGUGAUGUACACGGUGGUCACACCCAUGCUGAACCCCUUCAUCUAUAGCCUGAGGAACAAAGACAUGAAAAGGGCUCUGAAAGCAUUCUUUGUGAAGGAGACGCUACAUGGCCAAUUGUCAUAG